UGAUGCAAACUUUAUGUCUUCGUUAUGGUGCUAUUUUGUAUCUUAAUUGACGAUUGGUUUUCUAAGUAAUAACAGUAUCAUUAAGAUAUAGUAAUUUAAAUUUAAAGUGCAAUACAAACGCAUAGAGACGCUGAUCAAAUUUACCAUGUUAAAUCAGUUAUCUUGAUAAUAAUACAUUUUUUAAAUUAUUUUCAAUUGAUGACCUACUUAUUGUAAAUUGUGAAGAUGAAGGGAACAAAAUUAGUAGCAUGUGCCAGUCGUUGCAUCGGCAGCAGCAACAGGCUGAUAGCGGUUCAUAGCCGUGGCAAGGCGACGGCUGCAACGGCUGAAGCACCUCGCAGUGCACGUCAAAGCACUUCUUUCACUCUCAACCUGUUUCGUGGACAGUUUGAGCCCUCGCAGGUCUUCCCUUUCCCCGAACCACUCUCUGAUGACCAGCGUCAGAUGCUCACUGAGCUUGUACCUCCUGUCGAAAAGUUCUUUCAAGAGGUCAACGACCCCGCAAAGAACGACGCGGACGCACAGAUCGAGGAUGGUACGCUAGCCGGCUUGUGGGAGCUGGGCGCCUUCGGACUGCAGGUCCCGACCGAGCUGGGUGGGCUAGGUCUAUCCAACACCCAGUAUGCGCGUCUCGUGGAGGUGGUUGGCGCACACGAUCUUGGUGUGGGCAUCACCCUGGGCGCUCACCAGUCCAUCGGCUUCAAAGGUGUGCUACUGUUCGGCGACCCGCAGCAGAAGGCGCACUACCUGCCGCGCGUCACGGGCGGGGAGUAUGCCGCCUUUUGUCUGACCGAGCCCUCUUCGGGCUCCGAUGCCGGAUCGAUCAAAACGCGAGCUGUGUUGGCCCCUGACGGCAAACAUUUCAUCCUUAAUGGCUCAAAGAUCUGGAUUAGCAACGGUGGUAUUGCAGAAAUCAUGACAGUUUUCGCUCAAACCCCUAUCGAAAAGGACGGAAAGACCGUCGAUAAGGUGACUGCAUUCAUCGUAGAGCGCUCGUUCGGCGGCGUAUCAUCGGGCCCGCCCGAGAACAAGAUGGGCAUCCGCUGUUCCAACACCACCGAGGUGUACUUCGAGGACGUGAAGGUGCCCGUGGCCAACGUGCUGGGCGGCGUAGGGAACGGCUUCAAGGUGGCGAUGAACAUCUUGAACAACGGGCGCUUCGGCAUGGCGGCUGCGCUGGCCGGCACGCAGCGCUCCGCCCUGCGCCAGGCGGCCGAGCACGCCGCCACGCGCGUGCAGUUCGGCAAGCGCUUGUGCGAGUUCGGAAGCGUGCAGGAGAAGCUGGCGCGCAUGGCUAUGCUGCAGUACGUCACCGAGUCGCUGGCCUACAUGGUGAGCGGCAACAUGGACUCCGGUUGCCAGGACUACCACCUCGAGGCGGCGAUCUCGAAGGUGUUCGCGUCGGACUCGGCGUGGACGGUGGUGGACGAGUCCAUCCAGAUCCUGGGCGGUAUGGGCUACAUGAAAGCGACGGGACUCGAGCGUGUGCUGCGCGACCUUCGCAUCUUCCGCAUCUUCGAGGGCACCAAUGACAUUCUGCGUCUCUUCGUGGCGCUCACAGGCAUCCAGUUCGCCGGCUCGCACCUUCAGGAGCUGAUGCGCGCUUUCAAAAACCCGACGGCGCACCUCGGGCUCAUCUUCAGCGAGGCGGGCAAGCGCGCCACCCGCGCCGUGGGGCUCGCGCGCGGCGCCGACCUGGACCCGCUCGUGGCGCCCGAGCUGCGCGGCGCGGCCCGCGAGCUGGCGCGCCGCGUGCUGGAGUACGGCGCCUGCGUCGAGGCCACGCUGCGCAAGUACGGGCGCGGCGUGCUCGACGAGCAGCUCGUGCUCAACCGCCUGGCCGCCGGCGCCAUCGACGCGUACACCACCGCCGCCGUGCUGUCGCGGGCCUCGCGCGCGCAGCGCCUGCAGCUGCCGUCGGCGCAGCACGAGAUGGGGCUGGCGGAGUCGUGGGCGGAGGAGGCGACGGAGCGGAUGGGCUCGCUGGCGGGCGCGCUGGCCCCGCGGGCGCUGCGCCACGGACAGCGCCUGACGUCGCUGGGCCAGGCCGUUGCGGAGGCCGGCGGACAGCCCUCGCGCACCCCGCACAACGUCUGACCGCAGCGAGACGCACAGACAGAUUAAAUUAUUUUCGAUAUAAAUAUAUAUAUUUUUAGAUACUGA